AUGGCGGCAGCAACCGGCAACACGACCAACUGCCACGUGGAGCUGGACUUCGUCGGACGAUGGAGGCACCGCUACUCCCUCCCGCCGUCGACCACGGUGGCGCAGCUGAAGCAGACCAUCCUCCACGACUUCGGCAUCUCCCCGGAGAGGAUCACCCUCAGGCUCCAGCUCCUCCCCUACCCGACGACGAUGGAGCACCAGACUCUAGCUGCCUACGGGGUCACCGCCGGACAGACCACGUGGCCGAUCGCCGUCGACGUCGCGAAGAUCAACGUGGUGGUCAACUUCCUCAACCUCGACAACAUGUGGUACUUUGUCGUCGCCUGCUACGAGUUCGACUCCGUGGCCGAGUUCAGGAGGCUCGUCGUCGGCAACCUGAGGGCGACGGGCGUGGACGAGAUCGGGCCGGAGGAUAUGGAGCUGUACUGCGGCGGCGUGAGGUUCGGCGACGGUGGAGCGCUGCUCUCUCAGUACGGUGUCCGGGACAAGGUUUGGGUGGACGUCAAGACCACGGAGGAGGUUCGAGAGCUCCGACGUCGUUUCACUAGCGCUCUGUGA